AUGCUCUCUCUCGUCAUUGUAUUAAUGAUGAAGUACAGCGAUGCCCAUGAGUAACCCAGAACUGACUCACUGAGAUAUUUUCGCCUAGAAAGGAUACCUGAAUUUAUUUCAGUUGGGUAUGUGGACUCCCACCCAAUGACCACCUAUGACAGCGUCUCUCAGCAGAAGGAACCAAAGGCCCCGUGGAUGGAAGAGAACCUGGCACCUGAUCACUGGGAACGAUACACUCAGCUGCUGCGGGGCUGGCAGCAGGAUUUCCUGGUGCAGCUGAAGCAACUGCAUAGCCACUACAAUCACUCAGGGACUCACACUUAUCAGAGAAUGAUUGGCUGUGAGUUACUUGAGGAUGGAAGCACCACGGGGUUUCUUCAGUAUGCCUAUGAUGGACAGGACUUCAUUGUCUUCAGUAAAGACACCCUUUCCUGGGUGGCUUUAGAUAAUGUAGCUCAGAUCAUCAAGAGAGCAUGGGAGGCCAACCAGCAUGAAUUACAAUAUCAAAAGAAUUGGUUGGAAAAAGAAUGUAUUGGCUGGUUAAAGAGAUUCCUGAAGUAUGGGAAAGAAACCCUACAAAGGACAGAAUUGGAAAAUCUCCCUGUGGUGGCGAAAGUUAUCUUUGAGUCCACUUUCUUGGCCAUCAUUGCCCUGCUUGGAGUUGGUGUCCUAGUCUGGAGAAGGCAUCAAAGGUUUGUCAUCAUGCUAUGA